AUGGACCUCUCACGGCAAGAGUACCCAACGCUGCUGGCCACCCUGCAUCCCGGCCAAGCUACAACCGUCCUAAGCGAUCGCAUUAAACUCAUAAAUAAGAUCAAUGUGGAUAUUGCGGAUUACCUACAGGAACGACGUCGCGUUGAAGAAGCAUACGCCCAAGGGCUGCGGAAGCUAGCACACCGGCCACAGUUAGACAAUGGAGCUGCUCUUGGCAUUUUCCAAAUCCCCUGGCAACGCAUUAUUAGUGCCACCGAAACACUCGCCGUAUCGCAUGAGACCCUGGCGAACAAGAUAGAGGAGGAUGUCGAACGACCCCUAAGGGAAUUUAGCAGCAAGAAUUCAGAGAUGAAGUCGAUGCCCGGUAUCCAGAGUAAUCUGGCGGGGCUGGCGAAGAAUGUGGAGGCUGCGCAGAAGAAGGUAGACAAGGCCAGGGCGAAGGGUGCGAAAGGCGCAGAGAAACUUGCUAGCGAGAUUGCCAACGCCGAGGAAGUGCAUCAGCAAUGGGAUUCGCGGGCUCCCUUUGUUUACGAGCAACUUCAGGCCGCCGACGAGACCCGGCUCAACCACCUUCGGGAUGUUCUAACACAAUUGGAGACACACGAGGUGGACCAAGUGGAGCGCGGUCGCCAGGCCGCUGAAAGCUGCUUGAACGUGCUUCUCAAUGUGGAAACGGCAGAUGAAAUCAAGACAUUUGCUGCUAGAAUGGCGGGCCCUCGUGUCCCUGUGACGCAGGCCGUCCCCAGAAGACAGACCGAACGGGCAGAGACCCCUUCCACACUUGAACUUGGACCUGACCGGACACCGACUGCGCCUGUUGAGGAUCAGUUCUCCACACCGCGAUCAGAAGCACCGCUUCCGCCCCCUCCGCGCAUCCAAGAUGAUGCGGCAAGCCAACUCUCAGAGGCAUCUGAGAGACAACACGCCAUCGCUGAGACAUCGCCAGCACCGGAAGCACAGCCACGGCAUACUCCCCUUGGGGGAUUGAGACGUCUUGGCACUGUUAUGAACAGGCGAAAGAGCGUUGCCCUACCCUCGACUGGAUCUUUCGACCGAAAGGCAGAGAAGAAGCGUAGUCCCUUUGCUGCAUUCAAGCGAGCCGACUCAUCUCGCGAUUUGCAAAUACCAGAAUCUCCCCCCGCGACCGCUUCUGACCGUCCGGGGACAUCCUUCACCGAUCAAUCGUCCUUGCGGAACCCUAGUGUGUCGCAUGAUCGCACCGGAUUGGAUACUGUGGCAACCAUUCCUGAAGCGCACCCAGAGACAAUCAGAAAUGGGGUUGCCCCAGAAAGCCUUGAGCUCACCAAUAACCAUGCCAAUCAGCCACAGGUUGAUUCAGAGGGGUACACCCAGCGACCUGGAACAGUUGACGAGAUCACGCGAGCCCAAAAUGAGGCAGCGGGCCUAGAUGAGUCUGGUAUGAAUUUAACGAUUCGAGAUCAGCCCAUCUUCGAAGAUGAGAGCCAGGCGAAACAGGCCAUGGAUAAUAUGGCAAAUACCCUCCGAAUGCGAGCUCCGCAGACAGGAAUGAGACGCAAUGCAGGCACCAUUCGCGGACGCCGUGAUGUUCGCAAUACUGUGUUUAUUGCUUCUCCUGGCAAUGAGCUUCCGCUGUCUACGACAAAACCAGAGUCCCAGCAGCCCACCUCGCCAAUCAGGAAUAUUACCUCCCCUAGCAUUGCCCCCAGCGUUGGUACGGAUGAUCACACCAUGUCAGAUACUACGUCUGUUCGGUCCGGACACACCAUGCACGGCCCGGGGCCUUCAGUUCAUCCUGAUCUGUAUGGAUCGGGGCUGAAUGCUUCGGUCAUUGAGACCAUCAGUGCAUGGUUCUCAGAGGGUAUUGUCACCAAGUCAUUCGCCGUUGGUGAGCUUGCUCUAGCAUACAACCCCACACCUGGUAUGGCAGACUAUACGCGCAUCCGACUAGACAAUUUCCAAGUGCUGGAAAAGGUAGCGGCCAAUCCCCACUUUGUCCAGGAGGUUGCCAAAGAUGCUGGUGACGACAAGAGAGGCGAAUACGAUAUCCAGCUGGGCAGCAUCUCCCGUUCCAUGCCGACAGUUGCAUUCAAGUAUCAACUGCAUAUCGACCCAGCCAACCCCUCGGCCUACUGCCCCGUGAUAUUCAAGCCAGUGUGGAACCUGGAAGAAUUACAGGCCAGUGCUAUUAUCUACUAUACGCUCAACCCAUCCUUUAUCUCCAAUGUAGCGGAGUCAAUUACCCUCAAGAACCUGGUGUUGACUAUUAAUUUGGACACCGCAGCCGAGGACAAAAAUACCGGGCAGCCGCGCGAGUCUGUCGCCCACGCCGCAAGCGCCGCCAUGUACCCCAAUACCGGCGCCGUCUUCCGUCGCAAAACCUCCACCGUCACAUGGAGAAUUCCCGAUCUGGAAGUCAAGGCCCCCACCACCCCAGGUGCAGAGGGAAAGUUCCUCGUCCGCUUCGUGACGUCCACCUCUGGACCUCGGAAGGGUAUCGUCGAAGCGAAAUUCGAACUUCGCAACGCCGAAUCUGCUUCUCCGCUAGGUAUCAGUCGUGCUGCCUCAGAGGCAGAGCAGAUGGAAGCAGACCCUUUCGCCGACGAGGGUCGUACGUCCCAGCCGUUCGUUCCUUGGCUGGGCGUUCCAACCACACGCAAGCUAAUCAGUGGAAAGUAUGUCUCUUCCUAG